UCUCAGCACUGCAGCACUGCCCCCUCCUUCCUAAGUGUUUAGAUUUCACUUCUUCACAUUUCAUUUUCUUGUGGUGCAGGAAUGUCUAAGGUGGAAUGUACGGCUAAGUUGAUGUUGACGUGAAUUUGAAAACAUGGAGGCAUCUGAUGACAAAGAAGAGGAAGUUCCCUGCUCUGAAAACACUUUAUGCAAGGAACAAGAGGGCAAGAGGAAACAACAGAAACAAGAACCCGAACCAACCUGUCUGUCCUUCAAGAGCAGCCACUCAAAAGAUGCCAUUAUUCGUUUUAAUCUUGACCAACCUUCAGAUGCAAAAAGACUUGACCAGAUCUCUGACGUUGGUCAACCUCCCCCUGAGCAUCAAAUGCAGCUGGGCUCCAUAUUUAUGGAACUGGAGAAAAAGAUUGUGAUGUUUGUGAAGGACGAGCUGAAGGAAAUCCAAAAGGUCUUGUGUUCAGAUUACCCAGAAUGUUCUGAGGGUCUGGAAGAGGAUGAGAGGGUGUCUGGAAAUAAGGAUGAAAAGCAGAGCAGCAGCAGGAGCAGUAGAGAGGCAUUUUUAAAGAUCACUGUUGACUUCUUGAGAAUGAUGAAUCGAGAUGACCUAGCUGACUUUCUGCAGAGCAAGUCAUUCAUCACAUGUCAACAAACACUAAAGUCUAACCUAAAGAAGAAGCUCCAGUUUGUGUUUGAAGGAAUCGCUAAAUCAGGAAAUCAAACAUUUCUAAAUCAGAUUUACACAGAGCUCUACAUCACAGAAGGAGACUCUGGAGAUGUCAAUAAGGAACAUGAGGUCAGACAGAUUGAAUCAGUGUCCUGGAAACCAGACAGACCAGAAACAACAAUUAGACAUGAAGACAUAUUUAAACAUUCACCUGAUAGAGAUGAACCAAUCAGAGCAGUGAUGACAAAGGGAGUGGCUGGCGUUGGGAAAACAGUCCUGGCACAGAAGUUCACUCUGGACUGGGCAGAAGACCAAGCCAACCAGGACAUCCAGUUCACGUUUCCAUUCACAUUCAGAGAGUUGAAUCUGUUAAAAGACCAGCAAUUCAGCUUGGUGGAGCUUGUUCACCACUUUUUUAGUGAAACCAGAGGAAUCUCCACAUUUGAAGAGUUAAAGGUUGUGUUCAUCUUUGAUGGUUUGGAUGAGAGUCGACUUCCACUGGACUUCAACAACAAUGAGAUCCUGACAGAUGUAAGAAAGUCCACCUCAGUAGAUGUUCUUCUGACAAACCUCAUCAGAGGGAACCUGCUUCCCAAAGCUCACCUCUGGAUAACCACACGGCCUGCAGCAGCCAGUCGGAUCCCUCCUGAGUUUGUUGGCAAGAUGACAGAGAUUAGAGGAUUCACUGACCCACAGAAAGAUGAGUACUUCAUCAAAAGAUUUAAAUAUAAGAAGGAGGCCAGAAUGGUAAUCUACCACAUAAAGAAAUCAAGAACCCUCCACAUCAUGUGCCACAUCCCAAUCUUCUGCUGGAUCACUGCUACAGUUGUGGAAGACAUGUUGAACAAGAAAGACAAAGAGCUGCCAAAGACCCUGACUGAGAUGUACAUUCACUUCUUGGUAGUGCAGAACAAACUGAAGGUCAUCAAGUAUGAUGGUCUUCAGUGUGAGACAGAUUCACACUGGAGCGCAGAGAGCCGGAAAAUGAUUGAGUCGUUGGGAAAAAUGGCUUAUGAACAGCUGAUGAAAGGAAACCUGAUCUUCUAUGAAUCAGACCUGAUUGAGUGUGGCAUCGAUAUCAGAGCAGCAUCAGUGUGCUCAGGAGUGUUCACGGAGAUCUUCAGAGAAGAGAGAGGGCUGUACCAGAACAAAGUCUUCUGCUUCGUCCACCUGAGUGUUCAGGAGUUUCUGGCUGCUCUUCAUGUUCACCUGACUUUCAUCAAAUCUGGAAUCAAUCUGCUGGCAAAAGGUGAAACGAAAUCCAAGGAAUUAGAAAAAAGAAGCCAUGAAUUUCCAGAGACAAACAUUUACAAGAGUGCUGUGGACAUGGCCCUAGAGAGUCCAGAUGGACACCUGGACUUGUUCCUCCGCUUUCUACUUGGUCUUUCACUGGAGACCAAUAGGCGUCACUUAAGAGGCUUUGUGGCACAGACAGAAGAAAGUUUAGUAACUAAUAAAGACACAGCCCAGUACAUCAAGGAGAAGAUGAAUAAUCAUCUGUGUGUUGAAAAAAGCAUCAAUCUGUUCCACUGCCUGAAUGAACUAAAUGAUCAGUCUCUGAUGGAGGAAAUCCAACAAUCUUUAAAUACAGGAAGUCUUUCAGCACACCAGCUGUCUCCUGCUCAGUGGUCAGCUCUGCACUUCAUCCUACUUUCAUCAGAAAAAGGUCUGGAGACAUUUGAUCUGAAGAAAUACUCUGCUUCAGAGAAUGCUUUACUGAGGCUGCUGCCAAUGGUCAAAAUCAUUAGCAAAGUUAUACUGAGUGGGUGUAACCUCUCAGAGAGAAGCUGUGAAGCUAUGUCCUCAUUGCUCAGCUCAACAUCCUCUAGUCUCAGAGAUCUGGACCUGAGUAACAAUGACCUGACAGAUUCAGGAGUGAAGCUGCUGUGCAAUGGACUGAUGAGUCCUAACUGUGAACUCAAAAUUCUGAGGCUUUCAGGCUGCCUGAUCACAGACGAAGGAUGUGCAGCUCUGGCCUCAGCUCUGACUAUGAACCCGUCUCACCUGAAGGAGCUGGACCUGAGUUUCAAUUAUCCUAGAGAGGCAGGAAUGGAGAGUCUAGCAGCUAUACUGAAGAAUCCAAGCUUCAGGCUGGAGUCUCUCAACAUGGAGCCUGGAGGAGAAAGAUGGUUGACACCAGGUCUGAGGAAGUAUUCCUGUCCACUAACAGUCGACCUAAACACUGUAAACAGAUUUCUCAAACUGUCUGACAAAAACAGGAAGGUGACACUUGUGGAGGAAGAGCAGCCGUAUCCUGAUCAUGCAGACAGAUUUGACCUCAAUCAGCUGCUGUGUACUGAUGGUCUGAUGGGUCGCUGUUACUGGGAGGUUGAGUGGGGUGGGAAAGUCUAUGUAUCACUGAGUUACAGGGGAAUCAAUAGAAAAGGAGUCAAUGACGAUUCCUGGUUUGGAUUGAAUGAUCAGUCCUGGAGUCUAGUCUGCUCUGAUGAUGGUUACACUGUUUGGCACAAUGGAAAAAAAGCAUUCAUCCCCGUCUCUUCCUACUCCUCGUCUCCCUCUGGCAGAGUAGCUGUGUAUGUGGACUGUCCUGCUGGGACUCUGUCCUUCUACAGAGUCUCUUCAGAUACACUGAUCCACAUCUACACUGCCAACACCAAAUUCACUGAACCGCUUUAUCCUGGAUUUGGAUUUGAGUACAGGACAGGUUCUUGGAUGUCUUUGUGUUCACUUUAAGUUCCCAAGCUUUAGUGAUCGUCAUCAUUCAUCGUGACUAAACUGUCACAAUAAAUAUAAUGUAUUUUUCCAGACUUUUAGUUGUUCUAGAGGAUAAGUCACAUCAAUCAAAAAUCACGUCACACAGAAGUAGAGUUUAGAACAUUUCUGAAAAAUCCAUCCUGACCCAGCCUGAGCCUGUUUACAAUGUGUCCGAGCCCGACCUGACUAAUUUUGUUGGCCCAAAUUAAACCCGAUUUAUUAUUUUAAUUAAGAUUUUGCUGUUUCAUUUUUAGAUCAUAAUUUGAGUAUAGCAGCGUAAAUUCUGCUGAUUUUAGCUUUUGCUUAACACCUUUCAGCUCCAUCUUGUUGCUUGUUUUAACUACAUGAGUCAAGUGCAAAUCAUCUGAGAUGUGUGACUGAUAGAAUUAGAGCAGAAAGUGGUUACAUGUGCAUUAGUGCACUGCACUUUUACACUCAUUAACUUCUGCCUUUUUUUCUUUGAUCAAUAAAAUAAAUUACCUCUUCCCGUAUUAAGGCUAUAAUAAGCCGAUUGGCACAACUUCAUAUUUUGCAUUCUCGUUUGAUUUUCUCUGUGCUGUAUGAAUUGUGGGCUUAUUAAAUGCACCACAGCAGCCAGAGCCAACCAUCAAGCAGGUCAUUUUUGGCCUGACCUGUACCACAUUUUGGGUCAGGUUCCAGUUGAGCUUGGGCCAUAAAUCUAAACUCAUUACUGGACUAAAAGACACAUCUAUUUAGAAAGUCUUAAAUGUGAGUGGAACCUCAUCCAAGUUGAUUUGAUCCUACAUGUUGAGUUCGUUGCCUGUUUUUCAACAAACUAAUGGAAACUGUUGAGUUUGGCUUGAAAGUCGGAGCACCGAUGUCUGUCCUCUGAGAGGGGGUUGCUUUGCAUGAAGUGGUAACAGCAAGAAGGCCCAUCUGUAAAGUAAUUUAUAUUCAUUUCUUUGGCAACUACCAGGGUGUGGAGAUGUAGCUCCACCAUUGACAAGCCUCUUCCAUCAACACGUUCUUCAAUAACCCAUUUGUGGACUCGUUUCUCAGGCUCUGGCCAUUUUGCUUUCACUCCGGAUUAGCUUUCUUCACAGAUGGUAAUGUUAACUCCUCAGUUCAUGUCCAUCAGUAUAACAUUUAACACACAAAUCAAAAAUGCAUCAUGAAGAGGGAAAAAGUUGCACCUGAUUAUAAGUCGCAGGACCACCAAACUAUGAAAAAAAGCGUGAUAGUCUGAAAAAUAUGGUAAACAGAAAACAGAACUUUGAUCUUUAGACAAAAACUGAUCAAUCAUUCAAUAAAUUGGCAGCUGUUAAAAUAAGCCAGACUUUUCUUCCUGUUAAUCCAUCCAUCCAUCCAUUUUCUAACACUCUUGUCCCUAGUGGGGUCAGGAGGUGCUGGUGCCUAUCACCAGCGAACGUUUCAGGCGAGAGGCGGGGUCACCCUGGACAGGUCGCCAGUCUGUCGCAGCUUCCUGUUAAUACAACACAACAAAUCAACUCUCACCUCGAACCCCAUUGAGUCAAAAAGCAAAGCAUAUAGAUGGUAUUGACUUAGAUAUCUUCCAUGUUAACCAAAUAUACUAACUUAACAAAUAUCGAAAGCAUACAGUUUGGUGUAGGGUUUGGUGCAUUGCACAUAUCCUUCCCAUUUGGUGGAUCCAUAUUGUUAUUAUUGGCUGAAUAGUGAGUACACACUAUGAGCCCUCCUUUACUCUGAGGGACAACCACACUAUUAGCACCAGGGCCGACAUUUGACAUCUGUUGGGUUGUGACAAAUCUGGAAAUAAUAAUUUAAACAUAAUAGUUGGAUAGUUGAUUUGUCUAACUAUCCAAGUAAUAAGUGAAAAAUAAGUUCUACUAAUAUUUUUGCUUCCUUCUUUGCCAUCCUUUUACAAUGACAUUACUACUGGUAGUACAUCUGCUCUCAGAUGUUUCCUCAUGAUUUGUGGAUUCUUGCUUGCAUAGUAUGGAUUUUUUUUUGUCUCCACCACCGCGGAGGAGACAUCACUGCCAGUAUGUUUAUUAUUUGAACAACUAAUGAAAUACAGUAGCUUUACCAUGGCAAUUGCUGUCAAUCAUGUACACAGAAUCAGUUACUAAUCCCUCUCAGGCAAUAACACUGAAAUUUUUAAGGAGUUGCACAGUGACUUGCAUAGUUUUAUUUAAAAUCUCUUAAACAUUUUUCUCAAGUAAAACACAGGGCCUUCUUUCUAACAGUGCCACAUGCACAUAUUGGAUUUGUAUUUUCCCUGACAAACUUUAUUCAGUCAAAUAUAUGUGAAAUUUGGAGAUGUGCGUGCUUCUCUGCAGCGCAGAGUUCAGUUCCAUGUAGAGAUUGUUUCUACAACAGGGUCUGCAGCUGCUUUGAAAAGGGAUUAUAAGGAAAUGGGGAAAAAUACUGUCAGAUUUUUCUUUUUCUUUGGUUUUUAUUUUUCCAUCUUUAAAGAGAACAAAAAAAUAUUUUUAUAGUGAAGCAUCAUAAUCUUUUAUAGUUGCUUAAUUCUAAACUUUAUUUUAAUUAUUGUUUUUUUAAAAUCCUGUAAGCACUUUGAAUUUUUUUAUUAUUCUGUCAAUGAGAUCCUUUCACUUGUGUCCUUGAAUUGGUUGUUUUUUUCUUUGUCAUAACAAAGGUCAUAACAGAUGACCUUUGUUUCUACAAGAUGACCUUGUGGUUAAAAGCAACAAAAACCUAAAGAAACUGAGCUUUAACCUUUUUAUGGGAGUGGAUGGGCAAAUAAAACCUCUUUAUUUUUAUACUGGUGAAAAUGAUAAAUUCUGAUGAGUAUUAAGCAACCAAAUUAUGGUUUUGCGUUUACAUAUUUAUAAUAUUUUGCAUUGUUUCCAUGACAACAGUUAUAAUCUAUUUUUAAUUGUGUGCCAUUAAAA